AUGGAAGUACGACGGAGAACGGCCGCUGGACCGGUCAACAAUUCUUUUGGGCGACAGUACGAAGUGGUGGAUGAUAAGUCUCGUCGUUCAGUUGAGGCACUAGGGUUCAAACACUGGAUUUUAGUGAUUACGGUAAUUGGUAUCAUCUACGGAGGUGUAGUAUAUCUUCAUAGGAGCAUGCCACCAGUGUUUGGAGCCAGUGAUCCCUCGAAAUUUAGUGAAGAACGUGCUCGCAAUUUGCUGAGAGAGCUUACUGCUCUUGGUCCUCGUCCAAGUGGCUCCGUUGCACUGGAGCACAAAGCCUUCAAGAUCAUGCAGCGAUAUAUUGGCAUGGUGAAUCAGACAACUAUAUCCAAAGGCGUGAAUCGCUUUGAGCUCGACGUACAGCGCCCAUCUGGAUGCUUCGAUCUGAAAUUUCUCUCCAGUUUUACUCUAUGUUACGACAAAAUCACCAACAUAGUUGUUCGUAUUGGUCCAGCAAGUGGGCCGACAAAUCAGGCGUUGCUGCUGAACUGCCAUUAUGAUACCAUGCCGGAUACUCCUGGGGCCACAGAUGAUGCGGUAUCAUGUGCCAUUAUGAUGGAUGUAUUGAAUGUGUUAUCGCAUUCUGAAGAACCCUUAAAAAAUGAUGUUGUUUUCCUGUUUAACGGUGCCGAGGAAAACUUCUUGCAAGGUUCGCAUGGGUUCAUUGAAAAUCAUCCUUGGCGACAUACUAUUCAUGCUUUCGUCAACCUCGAAGGUACUGGAUCUGGUGGGCGUGAAAUUCUGUUUCAGGCUGGUCCAGGAAAUUCAUGGCUUCUUCAGACUUAUCUGGAAUCAGCACCACAUCCGUUUUGUAGUGUAUUUGCUCAGGAGAUCUUCCAAUCAGGAAUAAUUCCAUCGGACACGGAUUUUCGAAUUUUUCGUGAUUAUGGGCGUAUAUCUGGGCUUGAUAUCGCUUACACAAAAAACGGUUGGGUUUAUCAUACAGAGUUCGAUGAGGAGUGGAGAAUUGAAGCUGGUGCAAUUCAGAGAGCUGGGGAAAACAUAUUGGCUGUGGUGCGUGCAAUCCUAGCUAGUCCGUAUUUAGUACAGGCAGCUUCGUUUGAUGAACAGAAUAAAUGGGUUUUCUAUGAUGUAGUUGGUUUGUUUACUAUAUUCUAUACGGUUUCAGUUGGUCAAGUUCUUAACUACGGUGCAUGUGCUUUGGUGCUGCUGCUAGUAUCAUUUCGUAUAUUACGAGGUGCUUACUCAUUAAAUGAUCUCGGUCUGGCCUUCUGGCAUCAUAUAUGUGCAUUUUUUGCCAUGAUUCUGUCAUCUAUCGUUGUUGUUGUCUUCGUUCUAAAAUUCGAUCUCGUUAUGUGCUGGUAUAAGCUUCCUGAGAUAGUGGGUCCGUUGUAUGUGUUGCCGAUUUUGAUUGCUGGAUGUACAGUACACACAUUUUUCGCCGACAAAACCAAGGUUCGAAAUAUCGAAAUGGUGCAGUAUGACAGUAUAGUCAUCACAUAUGCAAUGGUGCUUUUCGUGCUGACGUCGUUUCAUGUCGCUUCAGCAUUCUUCAUCUUCAACUGCGUUAUGUUUCCUCUGCUUAAGGAUCCGUUAAUUUUUGCAGUGGGUGCUUUUGGUUUAGUGGAGAGAGUGACUCCACGUGUUAUACUGAUCAGCCAACUCAUUUGUUUCACACCGGUAUUCACUUUCGCACUGUAUGCAAUUAGUCAGUGCGUUGAUUUUUUCGUGCCUGUUAUGGGAAGAUUGGGAAACGCUGUUAAUCCUGAGUUCGUCAUGGCAUCUAUUGGAUUUACGAUCGCAUCCAGCUUUGUAUUAUUUCUUAACAACUUAUUCUACAUUUCUCGUCGAAUGAACUAUUUGAUUAAAUGCGGAUGUGCGGUCUUUGUCUUCUUUUUUAUUGCCCUUGUAACCACAAGACUAGGAAUUCCUUACGAAUACAGUGAGGAUCACCCGCGCUUAAGAAGGAUCGUGGCGCUGCAUACAAAUAGAACUAUAUACAACUUCAAGGGCGACGUUAUACAGAGAGACAAUGGUCUGUUCGUGCAGUCUCUUGACUAUAGAGGUGCUGAAGAUCUUCCAGUACAUUCAUUCCUACAAGGUAGCACACCGCCAAAUUGCACAGGUGUAAAGGAUGUAUACUGUCGAUUGCCUUAUUAUACGGCUAUUCACAAAUUAUUCCCGCCUGAACAUUCACUAUGGGUUCCUGUGCCAUCCGAAGCUCCUAUCCCAUAUCCUAUUAAACUAACAAUGAUAGAUCGUGUUCAGAUGGUUGGAAAUAGACUGAAUAUUACUUUCGAGCUAAGAGGUGGUUACGAUAAAAUGUCUCUUCACGUAACUCCGCUGUCUGGCUAUGAGUUGGUGAAGUGGUCUUUCACCAACAUAAAUAUUGAAGAAUUUGGGCGCCGAACAACAUAUUUUGUUUUCCUUACUUAUGGAUUUGAAAUGCCGGAUCACCGAUCAUUCUGGAUUCUUUUGGAAAAUUCUGCCGCGUCUCCUUCUGAUCCGGAAAAUACUGAUAACAUUGAAAUAGCUGUGGCUGCCCAUCAUGCUCACGGAGAGCACCAAAACUCGGAAACGUUGCGUCAGUUACGGCAUCUCAUCCAGAGCCGUCGACAAACUCCUGAAAUGGCUGUUGGUUGGUGGAAAUGGGGUAUGACUAUGAUCGGUGGAAUAGCUGAGAUAGUCGUCCAUGUCUUUUAA